AACAACAAAAAUGAACCAAAAAAUGUUGAAAUUUCACAAACUCUCUUCAAACCUUUUCUUGUUCUUCACUUUCUUCUCUUCAUUUGUUGGAUCCCAUGUCUUAACUUACUUUGGAUGCUCUCAAGAAAAAUUCCAACCAAACACCCCUUUUGAAACCAACCUCAACUUUCUAUUAUCCUCAUUUGUUUCCUCAUCAUCCCAAACCUUAUACAAUAGUUUUGCCAUCGGAAACGACACAAACGCCCCUUUAAAUUCCGCGGUAUAUGGAUUGUACCAAUGUCGGGGCGACUUAAUGACACCCGAGUGCACACAAUGCGUAAAAUACGCAGUUUCUCGAGUCGGGGUAGCGUGUCCUUACUCAUAUAGUGGUACUUUGCAGUUAGAACAAUGUUUAGUGAGGUUUGAGAAUUAUGAUUUUCUAGGUAAGUUGGACACUAGCGUAACGUUCAAGAAGUGUAGCAAAGGUGUUAGUCAUGAUGUUCAAUCGGUUAAGCGUCGCGAUGAUGUCUUGUUUGAGUUGGGUGAAGCCCCUCAAGGCUUUAGGGUUAGUAGCUCGGGGUUGGUUCAAGGGUUUUCGCAAUGUUUAGGCGAUUUAAAUCCGAAUGAUUGUAGUAGUUGUCUUGAUGAAGCUAUCUCCAAGUUGAAAAGCUUAUGUGGAUCAUCAGAGGCUGGAGAUGUUUUCUUGGCUCAGUGUUACAUGAGAUAUUGGACUGCUGGUUACUAUGAUUCACAUUCAAAAUCAUCAGAUGAUGACGAUGUGGGAAAAACAAUCGCCAUAAUUGUUGGUGUUGUGGGAGGCGUUGCAGCUUUUAUCGUACUUCUUUCUUUUUGUGGAAAAUCAUAAGGUUAACAAAGACAACGCAAAGGUCAACUCAACUAAACUAUGUGUUAUUAAUCGAUGUCAAGCAACACAUCAAUAUUUUUAACAAGUGUAACAUUUAUUACUUACUUGGGUCACCAGGGGUUGUAUGAGUUUGGGCACUUUCAUACCGUUUCAGUAUGCAUAUGCAAUUAGCUAGUUUCAGUCUAUCACUCUA